AUGGCCUGGGGAAGAGAUGGUAAGUUGAGAGGCGGUGAGCAGAGCAGGGCAGAAGAGAGAGAGAGGAGAGGAGAGGAGAGGAGAGGAGAGGAGAGGAGAGGAGAGGAGAGGAGAGGAGAGGAGAGGAGAGGAGAGGAGAGGAGAGGAGAGGAGAGGAGAGGAGAGGAGAGGAGAGGAGAGGAGAGGAGAGGAGAGGAGAGCAGAGGAGAAGAGAGCAGAGGAGAAGAGAGCAGAGGAGAGAGAGCAGAGGAGAAGAGAGCAGAGGAGAAGAGAGCAGAGGAGAAGAGAGCGGAGAGAGAGCAGAGGAGAAGAGAGCAGAGGAGAAGAGAGCAGAGGAGAAGAGAGCAGAGGAGAAGAGAGCAGAGGAGAAGAGAGCAGAGGAGAAGAAGAGAGGAGAGAGAGGAGAAGAGAGGAGAGGAGAAGAGAGCAGAGGAGAAGAGAGCAGAGGAGAAGAGAGCAGAGGAGAAGAGAGCAGAGGAGAAGAGAGCAGAGGAGAAGAGAGCAGAGGAGAAGAGAGCAGAGGAGAAGAGAGCAGAGGAGAAGAGAGCAGAGGAGAAGAGAGCAGAGGAGAAGAGAGCAGAGGAGAAGAGAGGAUGGCAGCACAGAGUAGCACAGAGGGGAGAAGCCUGUGGAGCAGCAAAGCAACCACCUGACGGGGUCACCAGUGGGGGAUAG